AUGAAGAGCUUGUUGUAUGUGCUAACUGUCGAUAGAGUUAACUGUAGUGGGUUAGGUAUAGUGGGCUGGUUUAACUGGGUAGUGUCAGUAUAUGGUCUGGGCAGUAGUAGUUGGGUUUGUGAUGGUGAGUUUGUGGGUCUGGGUUCUGGUUUGUCGGUGGACAGUGGGUUGGUGAAGGAGGACUUGGGUUGUUUCACAGUGUGGUUAUUUGGCUGUGUUGGUUGUUUGGGUAGUUUGGUUUAUAGCUAUGAAAUUGGUGGAGUGGGUUUUGUUGGUGGUUUUGUGAUAUGGAUGUUGUUCAGUUGGUCUGGGCAGUCGAUGAAGGUAGCCAGUGAUUUGCACUGUGGGCAGGUGGUGAAGGUCAAGGUAGUUAGUGAGUUUGCUAGUUUGGUUCGGUGCUGGCCUGGGUGGUUUUUGUUGGUCGGUUACUGGUCUGAGCAGUCGGCCAGGGUAAUUGGUGGUUUCGCUAGGCAAUUUGCUGGUAGUCGGUAG